UAACGCUCCACUCCUGGUGUGCACGCGGAGGAGAGGGUUUCUUUUUGUACAAGUUUUCUUCUGGAAAUACCGUCCUGUGACUGGAGGGAAUGGGGAAUUGACCAUACUCGGGCUUCCAGCGGGAAUGAAAACUGUGAGGAAGAUAGCGGUGAUCGUUUUUUCCCUCCAGAGGAGAAACAGCUGCUCAUUGCAGUGAGUCAGUAUCAUGGAGGCAGGCAGCGGGGCUGCCGCAGCGGUGGGGAGUGCAGCACUGGGUUUGCUGGGAGCCACAGCCACAUCCAGCCAUGACAUCUUGGACAGGGGUCUGAGACCUGGACGUCAUCUGGAGGACGACGACCUUGUGCCUGAACUGGCUCACAUCCAUCCCAGAGAGAGACCAGACUGGGAGGAAACCAUCAGUGCCAUGGCAAGGAGUGCUGAGAUCCCUGAGCUGAGGACUGAGCCCCUCAUGCGCUCAUGCAGCAGCAGCACAGCCAGCAUGAAGGUCAAGAAUGUCAAGAAACUUUGCUUCACCAAGGGCCAUUUCCCAAAACUGGCAGAGUGUGCUCAUUUCCACUAUGAAAAUGUGGAUUUUGGUACAAUUCAGCUGUCCCUUGGCGACGAACAAAGCGAAGUGACUCGGAAUGGCUAUGAAUCUAAGGAGCUGGUGUACUUGGUUCAUAUUUACUGCCAGGGUCGAAGUUGGAUUGUGAAGCGCAGCUAUGAGGAUUUUCGUGUCCUGGACAAACACCUGCACCUCUGCAUCUACGACCGACGCUUCUCACAGCUGCCUGAGCUGUUGGCGACAUCGUGUCUGUGA